AUCGAAGGGAUGGUUCCUUGGUGAUUCCCAUUCCUUAACCACUACACUAUCUUCUGUUAUGGCUGUUAAUGCCGCGUAAAGGACAUCCCCAAUCAAGUUGUAAUCGGGGAAGAAGACCCGUAUAAGAAUUCGGCUCUGAACGAAGAUCAGAGACCCAAUUUUCAGGUCAGACGCACGAUUUUCAUCGAUUUCGAUUUCUGGGUCUUGGUGUGCUUCCUAUCAUCCAUUCAAGAAGCAGCAUGAGUUUCAUAUUCGGCAAGCGGAAGACACCCGCAGAGCUCCUUCGGGAGAAUAAGAGGAUGCUGGACAAGUCCAUAAGGGAAAUUGAGCGGGAGAGGCAAGGUCUCCAAGCUCAAGAGAAGAAGCUCAUUGCAGAGAUUAAGAAAAGUGCCAAGCAAGGGCAGAUGGGUGCUGUAAGAGUGAUGGCAAAAGAUCUUAUUCGAACACGCCAUCAGAUUGAAAAGUUUUACAAGCUCAAAUCUCAGCUUCAGGGCGUGUCUCUUAGAAUUCAGACCCUGAAAUCUACCCAAGCCAUGGGGGAGGCAAUGAAGGGGGUCACAAAGGCCAUGGGUCAAAUGAACCGGCAGAUGAACUUACCAUCACUUCAGAAGAUCAUGCAAGAAUUCGAGAGGCAGAAUGAGAGGAUGGAAAUGGUGACUGAGGUGAUGGGAGAUGCCAUUGACGAUGCUCUUGAGGGAGAUGAGGAAGAGGAGGAAACUGAAGAUUUAGUGAACCAGGUCCUUGAUGAGAUUGGAAUUGACGUAAACCAAGAGCUUGUGAAUGCGCCCUCUGGGGCCGUCGCCACUCCCGCUGCGAAAGGUAAAGUGGCCCAAGCAGAAACCAUGAGCAAUGAUGACGGCGGAAUAGAUAGCGAGUUGCAGGCGAGGUUAGACAACUUGCGGAAGAUGUAGUUUCAUGCUUUUGUACAUAAAUAUAUGCCUAUGUAACCUCUGGUUGGUAAAACCUCAAAUUUGGAUUUACAUCUACAUUAUUCGAUAACCAUUGUGAUUUUAUAUGAGGUUUGGAACGAGGAGCUUCUUUUUUUUCUUUUUUUUUGUGUGUAAAACACUAUUGUUGGAUGAAUCUGUAGCUUGAAUUUCUGAUUUUGGUUCAGAAAUUUUUUACUUUUCUAUA